AUGUAUCAUGCAUCUGUGGAAUAUGGGAGUGAAAAUCUAUCAGAAUUGAUAUUUCAUCAGAUUUCCUCAGAGGACAGCCCUCUAAGGAUCAUAUUGGCUUCUUCUGUCCUAGCGAUGGUAGCAGAUUUUGGCCGUGUGGAAAGAAUUGUGCAUGCAGGUCCACCUAAGAGUAUUGAAGCUUAUAUUCAGCAAGUGGGUAGAACAGGCAGAACAGGGAAACAGGCAACAGCAAUUUUAUUUUUCUGCCGAAAUGAAUCAACUUGUAUGAGAAACAUCCUUAAUGAUUACUUUGGAUUUAUGGAUGACACCAGUGAGAGUGAAAAUAAAGCAACUUUUUGCUGUAACAUUUGUAAUCCAAUCUUAAAUGAAUGAUUUUUACCUCUAAGGCAAGAGCUAAAAUCUUCCAACCGACAAUCAUUGUCGGAUUACAACAUAUUAAAUAACUUGGAGAUAUCCCCUUACCAAAUAGAAUCGGUCAUCCACAAUUAUUCAAGAUAUGUGGAAACAGACACUUUCAUUAAGGAUUUCGGUUUGAAUCAAGCACAUGCAGAAAAUUUAUGUACCAUUAUCAAAUUAAGUGUGUCAUUAUAA